AACUGAACUCCGAUGCCACGACCAUGAUGGCUGAAUAUGAAGGAGAAGGUAUCAACCAAAGCUUCACAGACCCCACCCAAGAAGACGACAUAUACCCACCACCUCCCGGAUUCGAUAGCCCUUCUAACAACACCGACCGAUAUCGUCAAUAUGACGAGGGCGACGUCGAGAGAUCUGCGCAAAGAAACAAACCUGAGGCUAGCGCAUCGGAAAUGAACGAUGAGAAUAAGAGAAGGGCUAGCGUAACGAAAAAAAUAUGGAUAAUUCUCAAAGGCACUUUCAUAUGUGCGUGCCCCCUGUUCAUCAUCGGCCUCCUCCUCGUAGUCCUUGGUAUGGUCAAAAUCCCAGCUAGCUAUGACCUCACCAAACCAGGAGCACCCAUACUCAUCAUCGCUAUGAUCUUCCUCAUCAUCACCAUCAUACUCCUCGUCGUUUAUAAGAUGAGAGGUAUAAAUGCGUACAGCUUCGGACAGAAAGAGAUGACUGGGGUUACCAACAACGGGGUGAAUUCAUCAACUCAGAGAUCGACCCAUGCAGACAAUCGCAAUGGAAGCAAUAAAGAUUCAGAGGACCAUGUCUCUGAUCGGGAAUACAAUGAAUCUAGAAGAAUAUAGUCUGUCAUGUAUCCAAGCUCGAUACAUGGUGCCAUAAUGGACUGAAUUGCAGUGAUAGAACGUGUAUGCUACGUGAUGUAUGGGCUAUGAGGAAUGCCAUACCGUUACGCACUAUAAUAUACACAGUAUAUUGUGUAUGUGGCCAGCUGUAGGCUAUAAAAGAAAGGAAACGUGUUAAAAGGAAGACAAUCAUAACAAAACUGGUUCACACGCUUUGUAUUAUCGUAAUCACGUGACAUUCUUAUCAUGCUGAUCAUUGAUUGGUUCGUUCAACGUGUCACGUGAUAACGCGGGGCUACCGUUGAUUCGUUUCUAUGACGCCAAAUACAAUAACGGUAAUUGCUUUCAGAUUUACCCAUUUAUGAUUUGUCAUAUUUUGGGCCCCUC